UUAAAAAAGUAUGCAUUUAUAUGCAGUGGCAUCAGAAAAUAUAAACCGUUGCCGUCAAAUGUAGGCUGUAUUAAUGUAUUAAAGUGUUUAAUACUUAAAGGAUAAGACAUGGAUCAGAUAAGAUAAACUGUUGAGCCCCACUAGAGGAAGUGAUGAGUUGAGUAGAUGUGCGUAGAUGUAUAGGGGGUGGAGGAACUUGGACUUGAUUGGUUUAAAAUGAACCAAUAUUUCCCAACUCAAAGCAAAUUUGAUGUUAGAGAUAGAGGAGCACACACACACACACACACACACACACGCACACACACACACACACGCACGCACACACACACAAACACACACACACACCUGCUGAGAACAUGAAGAUGAGUCAUGUGUUUUUGGUCCUGGGCUUCGUCCUGAUCAUGGCGCUCUACUCAGACGCUAUUCCUUAUGGUGAUGAUGUUCUGCCGGAGGGCUGCUGUUUCAAGUUUUUCACUGGCAAAAUUCCUCCCCAAUACAUUCUGAAGGUUAAAAAGACUGGCUCACAUUGUCCAAAGCAAGGCUUCAUUGUUACUACUCCUAAGCACACCAGCCUGUGUGUUCAUGAAGUCGCAACCAAUGGAAAAGUCGACUACAAUAAAGAGACUACUACAACUGAGAAACAACACACACGCACACACACAAACACACAUGCACACGCAGACUCUACACCUCUUGUCCCAAACUCUGAGGACUGCUGUUUCAUCUUUUUCCCUGUCAAAAUUCCUCCCGAAAACAUUCCGAAGGUUAAAAAGACAGGCUCACACUGUUCACAGCAAGGCUUCAUUUUUACUACUCCUAAGCACACCAGUCUGUGUGUUCUUGAAGUCGACGACAAUAAAGAGAUUACUACAACUGAGAAACAACACACACGCACACACACAAACACACAUGCACACGCAGACGCUACAUCUCUUGCCGCAAACCCUGAGCACUGCUGUUUCACCUUUGUCACUGGCAAAAUUCCUCCCGAGAACAUUAUGGAGGUUAAAAGGACAGGCUCACACUGUUCAAUGCAAGGCUUCAUUGUUACUACCUCUAAGCACCUCAAUCUGUGUGUUCCUGAAGUCGACGACAAUAAAGAGACUACUGCAACUGAGAAACAACACACACUCACACACACACACACACACACACCACACACACAUACACACACCACAGACACACACACACCUAAUAAAAAUCAAGCUUCAACCACUUAUUCACUGCAUAACUUUGAUCAACCAUAUGACGAGGCUUAUUGCUAUUACUGAUGCUUAACAUAAUGCAGAUUCAAAUAAAGUUAUAACUGCA